ACCAUCGAGUUGCUCAAGGAGCGUCGCGACAUGACGGUGCAGGAGAUCCGGCUGGUGCUGAUGAUCGAGGACCCGCGCGAGGCGGAGCGGCGGCGGCAGAUGGGCAUCGAGAAUGAAAGCGGGUGCUCGCGCGACGAGAUUGCCGACGCCUUCCUUGAGGUGUGUGAGGACCGUGUACCAGCAGAUCGCAUGGUGCUGCGCAAGCUGGCGCAGGACAUGCGAGACUGGCCGCGCCUACGGGAGGAGCCCGCCGCUGAGGAGGCAGUGGGGGCAGGCGGGCAGCGCACGUCCCCCUACGCGCAGAUCACCGACGUGGGGCUGCAGGGCGGCGCCCAGGCCAACCGCACUCCUGCCGCCUACUCAGCAUCCGCCACGUCAGCAGGCGGUGGCGGGUCGUCUGCGAGCCAAUGGGACGCGGUGGUGGAGCGAGUUGAGAAGGCGGCAGAGAAGCAGGCGGAGGAGGAGAAGGACCUCAGCAGCAAAGUGCCCCCCUGGGUGCGAGUUGAGAAGGCAGCAGAGGAGCAGGCGGAGGAGGAGAAGGACCUCAGCAGCAAAGUGCUUCCCUGGGUGAAACAACACCACCCACAUUCACAUCCCACACUCACAUCCCCCACACUCACAUCCCCCACACUCACAUCCCCCACACUCGCAUCCCUCACACUCACACCACCCACACUCACAUCCCCCACACCAAUACCACCCACACUCACGUCACCCACACUCACAUCCCCCACUCACACCACCCACACUCGCAUCCCUCACACUCACACCACCCACACUCGCAUCCUCCACACUCACACCACCCACACUCGCAUCCCUCACACUCACACCACCCACACUCACAUCCCCCACACUCACACCACCUACACUCACAUCCCACACACUCACACCACCCACACUCACAUCCCCCACACUCACACCACCCACACUCACAUCCCCCACACUCACACCACCCACACUCACAUCCCUCACACUUACACCACCCACACUCACAUCCCCCACUCACAUCCCCCACACUCACACCACCCACACUCGCAUCCCCACACUCAUAUCCCAAAUCAACCUGGACACUAG